AUGACAUCUUCAAUAUCGUCAUUGUCGAAUUCAUUAUAUAGUGGUGGUGGUAGUAGUGGUAUAAAUAAUGAAAGUUAUACAAGUGGGGUUAGUAGCAGUGGUAAUGGAACUAAUGUUUCAUGUUAUUCCUCUGUAAAGACAACAAUAUCAUCAUUAUCAUUGUAUAGAAAAGGAUUGACAUCAACAAUUCAAUUGUCAUCGCUAUCAGAUUUGCUGUUGACAAAGAUAUUCAGUUAUCUAAAUGACUAUGAUAAGAUAUCGUUGUACUACUGUUGUAAGAGAUUGAUGAAUCAACGAUUCCUCUCAGAGUUGAACGAUCCUGUUAUAUUCGACCAGGGUUUUCAUCGUGGUAAUCUAUUGAAUUGUUUCAAAACGAUCGUUGUUCCACUGGCUUACUUGGGACAUCUACAAGAUUGUUUCCAACGAUUGUCGUCAACAUCCAGCGGUCUAUCAACAAGUAAACGAACCAAUGCAGAUGGAACAGCUCACUCCUAUUUAAAGUCGAUAGAGGUCAUCUAUGAAUCCGGUGCAUCUCCACCGGCGAUGCUUGAGAGUCUGUACAGCAACAGCAGUAGUAGUAGUGGAGAAAAGAACAAUGCAUUGACUAGACUUCAAUUCGAUCGAUUUCCACAGACUCUGGAAUCCAUAACACUGGGCAAUGAAAUCAAUCAGGAGCUAUCGGUCGUUGAAACUCGGUCAUUUCUACUCGAAAUCAUUGAUACCCGGUGCUCUUCCAGACUCACUGACCGAGCUCGUUCUGGAGACCAGUUUCAACUCGCCAUUCAAACCGGGACAACUUCCACCGAAUCUACUAAAACUAAAACUGGGAAUGCAAUACAACCAUGA